UCGAGAAAUGACUAAUAUCUUAUAACUGGACAGAAUAACUGUAUUUUGACCUCUUAAUGAUCCUUAUUUGUAGUUUCAUUGAGCUCUGAAUUAUUGUUCUAUCAUUCCUUAAUUCGAAAAUAUCAAGUUGGCAACUGGUCACUCUUUUGGAAGACAGAAUAAAUGGAGAGUAUCAUGUAGUAAUAGAAGAGCUUUGUUGACAAGUGUGAGAAGAGGCUGACGCAGCUGCAUGAUGAAACCGUGGUUCAAGGAGAAGAUAUGUGACAUCUACUACACCCAUGGUCUGUUCUGCGCCAGUCAUCCUUAUAUCAUCAUCACUAUCGCCCUCAGCUUCGUUUGUCUGUGUUGCUACCCACUGACAAACCUGCCAUAUCCAGGCAAUGCCCCGCUGCAGUUUGAGACACCCGUCCAGGGCUACGUGAUUCCGACGAAGCAGUCUCCAUUGCCAGGGCGACGCGGAAAUAAUGGCAAUCCAAACAAAAAUCCGCUGUGGUAUUCAGGACCAUCACUCGGUUAUGUACAACAAAUUGUUGUCAAGGCAACUGUGUCUCCAUGGCAACCAAAUAACUUGAUACCAUCAGAUGCCUUCAGGGGCCCACUCUCUAAGAUCUUUGACAUUUUGGACCUAAUCGAUGAGUUUCAAUACCAUGACGGAGACAAGGUGUACAGUGUCCAUGACCUUUGCUACCAGGUGCACGAGACAACCACGAGGAAAGGGGUGAAGGGACUGCUGCCAGAGUACAACUGCCUGGUCGUAUCGCCGGUCGGCCUAUGGGGCAGGGAUCGCAAAAGGUUCAAGGAAGACAGUGAGCUCAUAAAGACUUUGUAUCAAACUGCCUGGCAUUCUCUGGAUAUCAGCCCUCUAUUAAAAGAUAUCUUGUUUGGUGUGCCGUGGAAAGAGACCGGCGUGUCGCGCUUUUUCUUCCGAAACCGCCAACGUAUUGUCUCCUUUGCCGUGACCAUCGUCUAUAAGACUUACAAUGAGGGGUUCGUGAGGGCUCUCAGGGAGAAGUUAGAGGGUGUUUACCCAGCGCACAAGGCCAACUCGAACUCAAGCCAGGCUGGCAACAUGGUGCAUAUCUACUACAAAGAUGUCAACUACUUCGUGGAAUAUACGCCCCUACUUGUCACAUACGUGGUGCUGUUUUUAUACAUACUUUUCUCAGUCCGUAAAAUCGAGAUGGUGAAAUCAAAAUGGGGCUUGGCGCUGAGUGCAGUGGCAACAGUCGUGGCCUCACUCUUUAUGUCCAUUGGAAUUUGUACAUUCUUUGGACUCCAGCCAAUUUUACUUGGCUCUGAGAUAUUCGAAGUCUUCCCCUACUUAGUGGUAAUCGUAGGCCUUGAAAACGUCCUGGUGCUGACGAAAUCUGUAGUCUCGACGCCCGCAACGCUGUCAGUCAAGGAAAGAGUUGCUCGAGGAUUAUACAAAGAGGGAUGGUCGAUCACCAAAAACCUUGUGACGGAACUGCUCAUUCUCCUGGUCGGGUUCUUCACAUUCGUCCCAGCGAUUCAGGAGUUCUGCCUAUUUGCUGUCGUUGGUUUGCUCUCAGAUUUCUACCUGCAAAUGCUCUUCUUUUCCACGGUUCUCUCCAUUGACAUUCGACGUAUGGAGCUGAGUGAAACAUUACGGCCCAUUGAAGAGAACCAGGAGGAGACCGCUGACAUGCCCAAGCCGAAUUCUCUCCUAGGAUGCCCCAAGAAGAGUCUUAUCAACUACUUCUUCGGGUCAACGCGUCCACGCGGUCACCGGUCGCACUGGCCUACACACCCCACGGGCUCACCACCGCAUUCGCACAGGAAUUCUAUGAGUGAAGAUUUCAUUCCUAAACGGCAGAAACCGAAGCGGUUGAGGGUGCUAUACUUCCUUGGAGACAACCGGGUGGCUCAGAGACUGCUCAUGAUAUGCACAGUGAUCUGGAUUGCCCUGAUAGUCUACAAGACAGGUCUUGCAGAACACGUCAUCCGCGUGACGCUGAACGGCACCGCUAUGGUGCCGGAACCGGAGUAUUACGGCGCACCAGUAAUCUUGGACGCCCCCAAUGGUGAUAAGGAGACCCUCGUAAAGGGUACGAUGAACGCCAAGGGGACAGAGACGCAUGCCGUGUCAGCCAUGUUGGAACACGAUGACAUGGAACACUGGAAAAAAUUGUCCAACUCGCACUGGCCGUCGUUGUUUGGUUUCUAUAAUAUAUCAUUAUUGAGACGAUAUUUCAGUCUCCUACCAUCGACGCAUCUCUCCAUCAUCAUCGAUCCAAAAGAUGCCAUCGCGCUACGCAACCCCGCCGAAAGCAAACAAGCCGCCAUGACAGAGAACAGACUCGAGCACCCAGAAUAUUUCUACUCAGGUGCUUUCUCCAACAUUGAUCUCAAAGGGGAAAAGCUGAUUGAACAAGCACAGUAUCUUCAUAAGAAGUUUUAUCCCCAAUCGCGAAAAGAGUUCCUCCUGACGGUUUCCCUCGCCCUUGCGAGUGCUAUUGUGGUAGUUUACUUCAUGACGUUGUGUUACGGUUGUAUGUGUUCGAGGAAUUAUCCUAAGAUGCGUCGGAAUAUGAAUCGAUUGUUCGAGCCGAUGAUGAGGCGAAGCUCCACCGGGUACAAGAAGAUCAUCAAGGAGACGGUGCCGCUGGUCUUGGCCGGGCAUCAGCAGGAGGUCGAGUGCAUGGAAGUUGACGGACCGUUUGUUAUCAGUACUUGUCUCGGCGGCGAGAUCAGGGUCUGGGACUCGAAUUCGGGAGAUUGUCUCACAGCUAUUCACAGGAAAGGAAUGAUGCCGCCUCAUAUGGAGAGAAAGCCAUGUCCAGGACGAAACAUCAAUGAUAGUGAGUCGGAUCUUUACGACGAGUUCCACGGAACGAACUCGCCAUCUGUCGACAGUAGCCCCGACAACUCCCAGAUUGACAUUCAUAAACGUAACGUCCAUGAUCAGAAACUCUCGUCCCCAGGUGAUCGCAAACCUGGACAUAAUCGCUGUGCAUCAACAGGGACAAAAAAUAUCAACAAGUUCGAAUUCGUGCCAGAUUUGAGUAGUACUGUUCAGACAGAUUUCAGUGCCAUAGCAAAAUCUCGACCCGAGUCAAAUCGAGCAACUUCUUUAGACGAUUUACAACAUUUAAAGGAGCACGGUUAUGAUUUCGGUUCGAAGUUUGAUCCGCAUUUCCAACAGCAGAGGGAGUUAGUUGCCGAGAGUCGUGAGUAUGAGGAACAAAAAGAGAUGAAACGUCAGCGGGCAAGGACGGAUGUUGCUCAAGUCAUGGAGGAGAAUGAACGCGAGGCAACUGAAAGGACGAGAAGUUACAGUACAGGUGACCAGCCCUCAACUGUUCAUUAUGAUGCCACGCGUCACGAGAGUGAGUUUGUCAACAAGGAGGCACCCCCUAUCUGGUGUCUAGCGUGCAGGGAUAAUCUGAUCGUGGUUGGUUGUGGCAAUGGGAGAAUCGAGUUCUGGGAUGCGUUAGAAGGCAAGCUGAAAUGCCUCUAUGCCAGCAGUACAUCCGGUGUAACAGGACUUUGCUUCGUUGCCAAAAAGAUCAUCGCAGCCCGCAUGAGCGGUAUCAUAGAUUUCCUCGAGUUGGAGACGUUCUCAUCCACCCCAAUUCAACCGGCACCGCCGCCAAAUAACAGUGGAUCAUCACAAAAAAUAUUCAAUCGAGGUCAUUUUCGAAUGGGCAGUGGGCAUAGAUUUAGCGCGGACUUCAGUCAUUGUUGGAACGACAUCAUUCAUUGUACUUUACACACUUCGAUCAGAGCCCAUCAGCUGCCCAUCACCAGUCUUCAGUCAGAGUGCGGGAGAGUGGUGUCGGCCAGUCAGGAUCAUACUCUCAAGGUGUUUCGAAUUGAAGAAUGCCUGUGUUUAUAUACAUUACAUGGCCACAUGGGAUGCAUCACUGCACUAGAGUUGGAUAAGAGUGAGCCGUUAGGAGCUGCCAGCGGUGAUGAAAAUGGUAGCAUUCGUCUGUGGGAGUUGUUAACCGGGAAGUGCAUUCAUAAAAUGUCUGGCCAUAGUUCUGCAGUGACUGGGCUGGCUUGUACCCCUUCCUAUAUUGUAAGCACUGGCUUGGACGAGAGGCUGUGUGUCUGGCAGAGAAGUAAAGGAACUUUGAUGUAUAACUUGGAACUGGGCCCCGGUGGAUUCUCCAGCCUCUCCAUGUUGACGAGCAAGCUGAUGGUGGGUGGCAGCCACGGCGGCAUAGAACUUUACGACAUAUCAAGAGGUCAACUCGUGCGAUCCGUCCAAUUCUUUGCCGACCUUGAACACUCGUCAUUUGUACAACAUUUACGGACUGUCAAUCACUCUGUGGUGAUCUGUGACUAUGGAAACCAAUUGCGCAUUACGCACUUUCCCCAGGUAUUGGAGAAGGUGGAAUAACAGCAGUUGUUGACAUCAACGGUCAGAGAUGCCAACCCCCUCUGGAAGACUGGCAACUUCUCCAUUUUGGAGCCGAUGUGAAGAUUUUUUUCACUGUGCAUUUGACGAAUUUUCCUACAUUCUCCCUGCUUGUUUAAAGGUCUACGCGGUUUGUUAAAAAUUUUGAAUUUGUAAUUGAAUUGUAAUUCAAUUUGUAUUUGUGAAAAUACACUCUAAAUAUAAAUUUCAACAUUGCCGUUGUGUAGACUGAUAUACAAAUACUUUGAAUAGCAAGUUUGAACAAAUUUGUAUUCACAAUAACUGCAUUAGGCAUUGUGUAUUGGUGGAUUUCUUUUUAACUGGCUCACAAGUAAUUACGAACGGCGUACCCCUUUAAGAGUCAUCAUCCUCAUGUCCUGCUGCAGAGCAGUCAUUAGGGCGACCCUGUGCUUUUAAUGAUGCGGCACCACACGAUUCUGUCCUCAGCGAGGCAGAUCGUGUCAUUGUUUAAGAACAUCCCCCAGGGUAGUCAGAGGAAGUUAAAUUGAAUUUCCAUAAACCUCCCAAUUUUAUUUCUUUGACCUCGUUCGUUUUUAAUCGAGGAGGUUAGCAACUCUGAACCAUAUGUCAACUAGAAUACAACAACAUUCCGUAAACUCCUUUAUUUUUGCAGGCCUAAUACUUCGGUCAUUUCUGACAAGUAAAUAAGGUAAAAUAAUGUUUUUAUAUAAAAGUGAUGAAUAUUGUUGGCAUCCUGUUGGUAUUGAUCAAAUGGUUGUCUCUUUGUUUACAGUUUAAAUUCAUAGAAAACAAAUGAAAGUGAAUUCCGAAAAAAAAGUGAAAUAAUUUGCUUCGGGAUGUAAAUAUAAAAGAGUUUACAGUUCUCCAUAAUUCUGUCGCAUAUUUUCCAACAAUGCAUUUUCAAGCGAAUGUACAUGUACAUGUAUGUAUGCAUGGUCUAUAUUUGAGUGGAACCUGCAGUAGUUGGCUCGCCCACUUUGGGUACUAGUGCUUGUACCAAGAUUCGAAUUUGUCCCCCGAAAGGAGGGAAGGCGUUCUUUUUUUAUCUCGCCACAAGCAGGUGAAAAAGGCAUUCUUUUACACAAAAAACUGUCCUUAUCUGUUAGAACUGACUUUGUCAAGGAAAAGUGAGAUAAAACCUAGAUAAUUCUAUUACGAAGUAGAUAAAAUGCACAUGCACAUCUCCUAUAGGGUUAUGAUGGUACAAUGUGCAUCAUACAACCACACUUUCUCUUCAACCUUGUAAAUUUCAUUAGAUCCAGGGUUUCUGCCAGAGGGGAAAAUGGAUAAAACUGCAUGCCCAAAAAAUUCCAGGGUAAAGGUAUGUCCCUGAAGAAAAUCAGUCGGAAAAAAAAUCAAUUUUACUAUUUUCCUGGUGAAGAUCGACAUCUAUUCCUUACUGUUGCCAAGAAACUCAAAGCAUUCAUUGUUGUAUUGUGUGAUCACACCUUUGUAUAAUGUGGGACCAGGUUAUUGAAUUGAGUAUGCUCAUGAACUUGGGGGCUUUCCGACUUCUCCCCGGAGCGUUUGGUCUCUGUUGCAGAGAUAUUAGGGUGUUUCCGCAUCGCUUACGAUUACGAUUACGAUUUUAAAGUCGUAAUCGUAAUACUCUCAAAACCGGCAUGAAACAGAAAUUUUGUUUCCGCAUUCACACCAACGACUUGGUGUACUGUAGUAUAGGCCCUAUACUCUGCUCUCAUGCUCUGGGUGCACUUUUCUCGGCACUAAAACAUGAUCAAAAUCGCCGUUGAUCACAUUAAAUGCAGUACCUAUGUUUGACAGAUAUGUUCUAAAGUAUUCUUCAAUGAAUAUUUCACCUUGAAUUUGAUAUGUAGCGUGGAAAAUAAGCUUUUCGCUAAUCCAUGUAAUCGUUUUUCGACUUACGAAGGUCAGCCGGAAUCCUCGUAAGAACGAGACGAAAGUACCAUCGACGAUUUCGCUGGGGAUGACGUAGAACCAAAAAUCGAUUACGUCAAACACAAAUCGUAAUCGUAAGCAAUGCGGAAACUCGCUAACGCCGCGGAAAAUGCAUGACGACCCCUAGCUCACUUUUUGGGAUUGAUUGUAUUCAUAAGGAAGAAUUUGAGGCUGCAAUAGACUUGUUUAUACUCAUUUGCCAUGUGUUGGUUAAAGGGGGACUAUGGGCAGGAGGAGCGGGAUUCAAUUGGCCACCUUCGGGCGCCUAAUAUACACAGUCACGGCACUGGGUCAUGUUAGAUUCAGCUCUCAAUACAGUAAAACCUCUCUAUUAAGGAUACCCUUGGGACUGACAAGUUCUGUCCUUAAUAGAGACGAUGAUGCUUUCAAACUCAUGAUGUAAUUUUGCUUCUGAAUCAAAAUCAUAUUCAGGUUUUAUUUGCAAAUAUCCUGCAAGAAAGAAGUCCUUGCAUCUUUGUAUUUGUUAUGUCACAUCAGCCUCUUUAGAGAGUUGAUAGGUUUCUGGAUGCAGGUGAAUGACAUCAUUUUGUAACAUAACAAAGAUAUCCAUCUCGUUGUUUUUUAUGUCUUGAUAAAAACAAUUUAUUACAAAUGCUGUUUAUUUUUGGUUCAACUGAAUCAUGUAGACUGUUGUAAAUAAAUAGAUUUUUAUUGAA